CCUCAGCUCCUGGCUGCUGGCACCAAGGCUCACUAACAGCAAGCAGAAUGGCCUUUCAGUCUGUGCUCUUUGUUUUCUUAGCUGGACUGGUAUUUUUCUCUGAAGCUGCACCACUGGUCUCCCAUGGCUCCGUUGAUUCCAAAUGCCCUCUUAUGGUGAAAGUGCUGGAUGCAGUCAGAGGGAGCCCUGCAUCCGAUGUAAAUGUUAAAGUUUUUAAACAGGCUGAAGAUGGAACCUGGCAGGACUUUGCUGUUGGGAAAACCACAGAGUAUGGGGAGAUUCAUGAUCUCACGACAGAAGAACAGUUUGUAGAGGGAAGGUACAUGGUGAAGUUUGAAACCAGCUCCUACUGGAAGGCGCUUGGGCUUUCUGCAUUCCAUGAGUACGCUGAUGUGGUGUUCACUGCUAACGACUCCGGUCACCGCCACUACACCAUCGCCGCUCUCCUCAGCCCUUUCUCCUACUCAACCACUGCUGUUGUCACUGAUCCCCAGGAAUAAACAUGUACUGUCUUUUCACACUUUCCUCCACUAGAACUAUCAUAGGCUUUUAGGAGGAAGGUUUUUCCUAUUGCUAAUGCAUAACUUUUUGCUACAUUAGUUGGUUUUUUUCCAUUUUGUAACCUGGCAAACUUCAGACAAGUCAAUAAAAUAUU